CGCACGCACUGCAUCGAUCAGGCCUGGGUCUGCGUCAUCGCCUCCUCGGCACAAACGUCGGCUAGCGCACGUUGAGUGGUCAACGGCGCAGAUCCCAGCACAGGGGCAGAGCAAUUUCCGGAGCAUGUGCCAUCUGUCGUGCUGCGUUCCUCGAAGUUCAAAGAAAGGAGAGCAGCUUAACUGGCGCCGCGACUUGAGAUUCUUGAGGAGGGAGAAGAAGAAGAAGAAGAAGAAGAAGGAGAAGAGGAUUGAAGAACCCAGGCACGAUGGUUCCGAGACGGUUUAUGCUUAUUACGGCGGGGUUUCUGCUGACUACGUUUGUGGUGUAUCAAUUCUUACCAUGGACACCCCUCUCCUCCAUCAACUUCGACAACGGCAAAGCUCUCCUCUCAAGCACGACCUCCUCCCUCUCCCACUGGAAAAAUCCCGGCACCCACUCCGCCCAAAUCCAGCUCUUCUUCGACCAAGUCUUCUCCGUCUCACAGCCCUCCCCAUACUCCUUCCCCGCACUCGCCCAAUCCUGCUCGCAAGCGCCAUGGUCGUCCCACCCCUCCGAAGAAAUAUACCUCAAAUGCGGCGGCAUGGCGGCAGGCCUCACAUCCAUCGUCUCGCAGGUUAAAGUCUGUCUAAAAAUGGCCGUGGACACCGGCUCCAACCUGGUGCUGCCCGCCAUGCCACUGAGAGAUUCCACCGAUCUGACGGACUUCAAUUUCUUCAACGAAGCCGCGUACAUGACGUACGACAAGUGGUUCGAUCUCGAGCAUCUGCGCGCGGGGAUGCGCAAGGCGUGUCCGAAGAUGAAGGUCAUACACCCGGACGAGCUGGACACGACGGUGUCGGUGAAGCACACGUGGAACGUGGAGAUCGGGGACGCGCCGGGGUACCACUUCCCAGAUAGCUAUUUCUGGGUCGGGCGGCCAUUUAGGACGUUCUUCGAAGAGCAGUUUGCGAAGCGGAAGGCGGAGUUCGAGGCUUCUACUGGGGGCAAAGAUAAUGGGAAGGAGGGCAUAACACUCGUUACAAUCGGGUCUCCGUUCCUGCUUUUCCGCAUCACGGAGGAUCCGACGAGACAAGAUUUGGCCCUGUGGAAUGACCUCGCGCUGCUCGUGCGCUUCAAAGAGGAACCGAGGCAGAUUAUCGAUAGGUUGUUGGGGCAUAUGGAACGCCCGUUCUACGGCGUACAUUUCCGUGUCGAGAAGGAUAACAUCUGGUCCCCGCUCGACGUGCAACUCGCCGCCGACCUGGACUCGCUCGAUCGCGCAUGGGCGAAAUUCGGUACUCCUGGCGCACAAAAACCGCUCGUUUACCUUGCCUGUGGCGAUCCAGAACAGGUCAAGAUUUUCGAGACAGCAGGGAAAGAAAGAGGUUGGGAAGUGACGCAUAAGUGGAAGGUGGCGGAGGGCAAUGAGGAGACCUUGGGCAUGAUUAAGGAUCUGCCAUUUGACUUUCAAGGGGCAGUGGAUUUUGGGGUUAUGGUGAGAAGUGAAUUUUAUAUUGGGAUUACGGGGAGUGCGUUCUCGAGUACGGUGGCGAAUGCGAGGGAUACGACGGGGCGGUAUAGGGGGAGCUCGUUUGAUGUUUUUGAGGAUGAGGGGGCGAGGAGUCAUUUGAAUACUGAUGGGGCUGCGAGCAAUUAUCCUUGUUGUUUGUAGGGAAAUGGGUUUGCAUUUUUGGGGCGGGGGGUUUGGGUCGGUGGCGUUUAUAAUGGCUGGGCCUUGGAUAAAAGCUUUUAGAUAACAGAAAGUAAUCCAAAGCAUAUCUGUUCCGGCUUGGGAAAGCUUGCAAGUGUUUAUUGGAUUUCCUCAAUUGUUUACUAUAGACGGAAGUCCUUAAGCUCGAAGUUUCGCAAUCUCAACUGCUUUAUUACCUUU